AUGCCGGCCAAAGACAGCAAGACCGCGUCAGAGCCCCAGGCGCCGCCAGAGAUCACAGGCCAGAGCUCUCUUCCAAUGGCUCGUAUAAAGAAGAUAAUUCAGCUAGACGAAGAUAUUGUCCAGUGCUCGAACAAUGCGACAUUCGUCGUCGCGAUGGCUACCGAACUCUUCAUUCAAUACCUUACCGAGCAAGGACAUAAUGUUGUCAAGUCAGAACGGAAGCCGCGGAAGACUAUCCAGUACAAGGACUUAGCGACGGCCGUUUCACGAAUAGACAACCUCGAGUUCCUCGCCGAUGUGAUACCGAAAACAACGACUUAUAAGCAAUUCAAAGAGAAGCGAGCAAAAGAAACCGCCAAGGAUACUGGAGUCGAGAAAGGACAGCGCACAUUGAACGGAGCCCUACCGCCGGCACCGGAGGUGGACGCGGAUGCACAAGAUGGGAAGAAGGAAGCCUCUGUUCCUCGAGGUUCGAGACCACCAACUGUGAUGUCGCUGGUUGAUGGAGGCGCCGAGCCCCAGACGAAAGAUGACGAUGUGGAAAUGGCGGAUUCGUGA